AUGCGUCGACUUUUUGCUGAGCUGGAGCCAUCUGUAACCGUCACAGAGCAAAACCUGGCAGACUGCGUUCGGUAUAUCUUGCGCUCAAAUAUAUUUGAUGACGCCAAACUCGAACGGCUACUACGUGAAGCUAGUCCCUCAUCUACGGCUGAAGAUGUGGUGCCACAAGUUGCAGAAAAACCCGCACACGUGGAUACCGCCGUGAAUACCCCAGUGGUGGCUGAUUCAAAUGAUGAUGGAACAUUCGCCCAGGAACUAUAA